AUGGCCUCACACGAUGUCCGCGAUAUGCUCAACCUGCCCUCGGAGGGGGCGGGUCACCGGCCGGCGAAGAAGCAGAAAACCAGCGCACCGCGGCCGAAUUUGAAAGGACUGGCGCGAGAGGUGCAGAGUCUGGGAGGGGACAAUCCGAUUGCCAUCGUGCCUGAGAUAUCUACUUUCAAGAAGCGGAGGUUCGGCAGCAGGAAACCCACGGCGCGGUGGGAGAUGCGUUCUUUUCAGAACUCCGCGCGGGGGGACUGCUCGCUGCAUCUGCGCCAUUGGAGGAAGCAGACCGACGGCCGUCGAUCGAGAGCUUCGUCACAACCUCAACAGGAUGGAAAUACCCCUGGAGAUGUUGGGAUGGGAACACAGAGCGAGUCGGAGAAGCUUGACGACUCUGGAUUUGCGAAGUUCAAUGUCCAAGUCGACGUUCCUCAGUACAGCGAGGACCAAUACAAUUCCAACCUAGUGAGCAACGACUGGACCAAGCACGAGACAGACUAUCUGAUUGAACUGGCAAGAACGUAUGACUUACGGUGGCCGUUGAUCUGGGAUAGGUACGAAUACACACCGCACUUGUCAGCCAGCACAGCGGAUGGUGAAGGUGUAGACGUCACAGAUCCAAACACUGCUGUGGUCCCCGCGCCACAUGUCCGUAACCUGGAGGACCUCAAAAGAAGAUAUUACGAGGUGGCAGCCAAGAUGAUGGCUGUCCAGAAGCCCGUGCAGUACAUGACGCAAGCCGAAUUCGCAUUGCACGAGGUCAUGGCCAAUUUCGAUCCAGAUUCCGAGACGCGGCGCAAGAAGUUUGCACUGAAUGCACUGAGCCGGUCGCCAGACGAGGCACGCGAGGAAGAACAUUUACUUAUUGAAGUCAGGCGCAUAGUGGCCCGGCAAGAAAAGCUCAACCAGGAGCGUCGCGAAUUAUACAACCGUCUCGACUAUCCGCACACAGAACAAGACAUCAGCACUUUUAAAUCCAGCGCCGGGUUACAAACACUACUUCAAAACAUGAUGAACAUUGACAAGUCCAAGAAACGGAAGUCGCUCAUGGACGCCAACGGCAUGAACACACCAGCCUCUGCUCACCCGUCGGGGGGUCCCCCAGGCUCCACGCCAGUCUCCGAGAGCCGCCGCGAGAGCAUCGCUGCGUCAAUUGGAGGUCAUAGGGACUCCAUAGGUGGCGGUGAGCGACCUGAACGGCCUUCGAAGAAGGGCGCAUCGCAGCCCGAGCGCAAGAAACUCAGCGAACAGGAAGAGCAGAUUUACGGUGUGGCUCACUACGAUCGUCUACCGUCAGGUCCCACUUUCCGCUACGAACGGAUUAAUAAGAUUUUGACGACGAAAAGCCAUGCUCAGCACCAACGAAUCACCAACACCUUGACAGAACUCGACAUUCCCACCAGGCUCAACAUGCCCACCAGACCUGUAGUCGAAGAGAUGGAGAAGCUGCUGAAUGCUAUCAAUAUACUCCUUGAUAUUCGAAAGAUCAAUGACAAGGUCGACGCUGAGAUCAAGGUCGAGCAGGCCAAGAAAGCCGAGCGUGAGAGAGCUUCUGUCGCCCAGGCUCAAGCUCAAACCAAGUCGGAGGAUACAGACUCGUCACGCGAAGAUAAGAAGUCAGACCAGACAGUGACAAACGGAGCUGGUGCUGCCGCCAAUGACGAAGUCUCAGGCCAUCCCCAUGAGAGGACCAACAGGGAAGGCACCAGCACCAACGGGGCUACUGCGGAGGCGAUGCAAAUAGACGGUGCUGGGGAAUCUUCACUAGUCAAGCAGGAGACGGGGGACGAUAAGGCUGCCCGUCCGGGGAGUAGUGGAGCACAUAAAAGAAGCGCCAGCGACUUGAGCAGCGUCAGCGACAACAGUGCCAAGAGACAGAAGAAGUAG